CAUAGAAUUUUGAAACAGCCAGAAACAUUUCUUAUGCAAGCGUAGCUCUCUGUCAGACGCCAAACAUCACGAUAUUUGUAGUGUGCGUGUCGCUGCCUGUACCGCUACAAAGUAAUUGUCAUGGCUUCGGAACGAUACAGUUUUUCAUUGACGACUUUUAGCCCGUCGGGCAAAUUGGUGCAGAUAGAAUAUGCUUUGGCGGCGGUAGCAGCCGGUGCGCCGAGUGUAGGCAUCAAGGCGUUGAAUGGCGUUGUCCUCGCUACUGAGAACAAGCAUAAGUCCAUCCUUUAUGAUGAACAUAGCGUCAGUAAGGUUGAAAUGAUCACCAAGCAUAUCGGUAUGGUCUACAGUGGCAUGGGGCCAGAUUACAGAUUAUUAGUAAAGCAAGCUAGGAAGAUGGCACAGCAGUAUCUUCUGGUCUAUCGAGAACCCAUUCCUACUGCACAACUUGUACAACGAGUUGCGAUGGUUAUGCAGGAAUAUACACAAUCUGGAGGUGUCAGACCUUUUGGGGUGUCUCUUCUGAUCUGUGGUUGGGACAACGAUAGACCUUAUUUAUUCCAAUGCGAUCCUUCUGGCACAUACUUUGCAUGGAAGGCAACUGCUAUGGGUAAAAACUUCAUCAAUGGCAAAACAUUCCUCGAAAAGAGGUACAGUGAAGAUCUGGAGUUGGAUGACGCCGUUCACACUGCCAUUCUGACGCUGAAAGAAGGAUUUGAGGGUCAGAUGACCGCGGAUAAUAUCGAAGUCGGCAUUUGCGACGCGAAUGGCUUCAGAAAAUUAGAUCCUUCUAACGUUAAAGAUUAUCUCGCUAAUAUUCCUUAAGCUUAAGUUUCUUAAUGUAUUGUUGGUAUGUAACUAUAUAAUCAACAAAUAUGUUGAUAACGAAUCAGGUUCUUAUAAUAAAUACCUUUGUUCAAAAUGA